AAAAACCGCUAUGUAGCUAAACUGCAUAGGUGAAAACGAGCAACAUCGUAGCUAUUAUUAUUUUUUAUAAUGAUCAUAAGACGUCAGGGCGAUAUAGUAUAAACUCGAUAUGAAAGUGAGAUAACUAAAGUGUAUUCGUUGUUAAGAGCAGAUAUGGAGAAGCAGUCGAGUCUGUUGUCUUCUCAGCUGUGUAUUCAGCGCAGAGAGUAUGAGGUCACAUUAAACUCCUUCUUUCUCGCGUGGAAAGAGAUACAAUCGGGCAAAAAAUACACCGGACGCGCCAUAUAUGGAGCUUUCAAAGCGGGUAGUCACUGUGUCCCAGUGUUUGAAAUCAUAGCCGUUCAGGAAAAGGAAGACAACGCUCCCGCUAAAGACAAUGGAAAAUGGCAGAAAGUUCCUCAAAGUCCAGUGGACUCCUGUCAGCACGCUUUUACAGUGUUCUACGUGGAGAGGACAAGGCAGCACUGCUGGCGGUGCAGGGAUGUGACCUUCCACUGCUCUGAACGGGCCAACUGUCUGCUCUGGGUCCAAACUAUUAGGGAACAACUUGCAUUGUUGACCAAUCGACCGAAAAGCUUGCUGGUGUACAUCAACCCCUACGGAGGAAAACAGCGUGGGAAGCAGAUUUAUGACCACAAAGUGGCCCCCGUCUUUUCCCGGGCUUCCAUUUCCACCGACGUGAUUGUUACAGAGCGUGCAAAUCAUGCCAGGGACCACUUGAAGACGGAGGCCAAUUUGAAGAAGUAUGACGGUGUGGUGUGUGUUGGAGGAGACGGCAUGUUCAGUGAGAUCAUGCAUGGCCUCGUCUCCCGUACGCAGCAGGACGCUGGUGUGGACGAGAACUCAACAGAAGAGCCCCUUGUUCCUUGUGGACUUCGCAUCGGCAUCAUUCCUGCAGGUUCCACUGACUGUAUCUGCUACGCCACAGUUGGCUCCAAUGACCCUGUGACCUCUGCACUGCACAUCAUUGUGGGUGAUUCUCAGCCGAUGGACGUUUGCUCAGUGCACAAUGACGUCAACUUCCUGCGUUACUCGGUGUCUCUGCUAGGUUACGGAUUCUACGGGGACGUGCUGACAGACAGUGAGAGGAAGCGCUGGCUGGGCCCAGCUCGCUACGAUAUCUCAGGUGUUAAAACAUUUCUGUCACAUCGCUACUAUGAGGGAACCGUGUCUUUCUUACCGGCUGAAGGGAACUUGGGAACUCCCCGUGACAAAAUCCAAUGUCGAUCAGGGUGUACUAUUUGUCAGCGAUCUUCGUCUGAUAAGCUGGUCAGCAAAGAUGAAGACAGUGUUUCAGAUGCUGAAUGUCUGGACAUGUGGACGGUUAUCAGAGGGAAGUUCCUGGCCAUCAACGCUGCCAGCAUGAGUUGUGCGUGUCCUCGCAGUCCUAAAGGCCUGUCGCCGUCAGCGCACCUCGCAGACGGAACCACUGACCUCAUCCUCGUCAGGAAGUGCUCUCGUCUCAACUUCCUGCGUCACCUGCUGCGCCACACCAAUAAAGACGACCAGUUUGAUCACUCUUUUGUGGAGGUGUAUCGGGUCAGACAGUUCAGCUUCAAACCCAGACAUCAGGAGUGUGAUUCUGAGGUGGAUGUAAGAGAGAGCGGAGCAGGAGGCAAGCGCUUCUUCAGUCAGAUUUGCAGGGAACACAGAGCAUGCGGCUGCAUACCGGCCCAGAGCAACUGGAACUGUGAUGGAGAGAUCCUCACACACACUGCUAUUCAAGUCAGGGUCCACUGCCAGUUGAUCAGACUGUUUGCGAGAGGAAUUGAAGAGCAGUCAGUUUUUGAAGACCCGUACGCUCUUUGUGCAAUAUAGAUCUCAAUGAAUUCACUUGAGAAACCUCCCGCUUGAUCAUGAAGGAUUGACACUCUUUGAACAGAAGUGUUGCUUUUGGCUCAACACAAUGUCAUGCUGUUUCUUACACUCUUAUACCCAGAUACUCCUCAUAAAGAUGUCUUUAGUUGAGGAAUUACAUGCAGAGCUGGAGGGAUUUGCAUCUUCAUAAUGUCUCCAAGCAGGCUGUAAACUGUAUUAGAUCCAGACAAGAUGGGGUUAGCUGUUCAAGACCUUGACGUUGCUGAUGAAAUCUCUUGCUGUGUGCAACGGCUUUUAGCUUUGGAGUUGUCUGCAUUGUCUUCCACAAUCAAGCUGGUCUUGAAGGUAUCGUGAAUUGAAUCCCAAAGUUGAACCCCUGAAACUGUGAAAAACGUCUAUUUUAGUUAUAAAAACAUUCCUCUUAGUAGCAACUUUAUUUUUUCGAGAUUUGAAGCACAUGAGGUGGUCAGGCGAUGAAGUUACUGGCAUACCAAAAACACUUGUUUCACUCUUGUUGAUAUUAAGUGGUUAGUUUUAUUUAAAAAUGAAAAUGUUGUUGGAAUAACAUCAGGGUGAGAAAAUACAUUUUCAUUUUUGUGUGAAGUAUUCCUGUACAAGUUAGCAUGGGUAGCGUUCCAUCAUGUAGACACAGUGUAGCCUAAAUCAGAUUUUACCCUUGAAUAGUAACAAUCUCUGAUUUCUUUAUGGACAAGACUUAGACAAGACCCUUACUGAUAUGGCAGGUGCGGCCAAUCCCGAUGAAUUUAGUACUAGUAGUUAUUUCCAUAACAUUUAGUGCAUCAGAAUGUAGCGUUAGUGAGCCAAACUACAAGCGCUGAGAGCUUCACUAUUUCACUGCAGGGUCAGUUUGUCUGUUUUUCAGCAUUAAGUCUGAAUGUAAAUGAAAAUGCUGAAGCACUUUUGUCUACGCUGUCUUGGCCCCCAAGAUUUUCACUCCCUUUAUAAUGAAUCACAUGUUUGUAUUUGUGUCUCCUAUGGUUAUUUUUUUUUUUUUUUCGUUUUAAGUUUCAUAUUGUUCCUGUAGUAUCAAAGGACAAAGUAGUUUAUGAUAGACCGAAAAAGUCAAAGAGAAAUAGCUUUUCAGUGUUGUGCAUGUCAGCUAGUUUAGUAUGCGUUUUUAAAGUGUUUCCCUGAGCUGUAGCAGUGAUGCAACUGUGAAGGCAACCGAUAUUUAUUGUCACUGUGCAAGCAAAGCGCUGUUCACAUCCUUCAUAGAUUGGAGGAAUAAAAAGAGAUAUUUCACAUGCAUGAAUCUCAUGAAGAAAUUUCAAGGUCGUUUUUCACCCCAAAUAUAAAAUACAAAGAUAUACAAAAAAUUAUACACAGCUCAAAAUAAAUAUUAAACUAAAAACUAUUUUAGAACCAUUAAGAACUUUUUGCAUUAUUUUCUUGACAAUCUGAUUUUUCAAUCAAAUUCUCAUUACUACUGUCAUUUUUACAGUAUAUCACAUAUUUUGUGUUCACAGUACAAUCAUUUUGACAAUUUUCUUUGCAUUAAGGCAAUGAGAAUUUGGGGGUGAAUAUUAAGUGCAUUUUUCACUCAAAUAACCAUUACUGCUCUUUUAUGUCGUUUUUUGUUUUCAAAUUAUGGUAAUUAUUUUUAGGGACAUUUAUUCUUUUCCUUACGGUAAUGAGAAUUUGAGAGACAAAAUGAAGCAAACUUUUCACUGAAAACCCCAUUUAUGCUGUUAUUCUCAGUAAUAUGUUGUCUUUUGUUUUCGCAUUAGGAUAAUGAUUUUUAUGGAAAACUUUUAUUUGCAUUACUUGAAUGAGAAUUUUGGGUUAAAAAUAUAAGGUACAUUUUGCCUUAUAUUUACCCGUAACUGCUCUGAUUCUUAUAUGUCGUAUUUUGUGUUUGCAUCAUGGUAAUGAUUUUUAUGGACCAUUUUUCUUAGUCUUGCGGUAAUGAGAAUUUGGGGGUGAAAAUGAAGUGCAUUUUCACUCAAAUACCUAUUUCUGCUCUCAUUCACCUUAAUAUGUUGUAUUUUGUGUUCGCAUUACAGUAAUAAUUGUUAAGGACAAUUUUUCUUUGCAUGACGGUAAUGAGAAUUUGGGGGUGAAAAUUAAGCAUAUUUCCACUCAAGUACUUAUUACUGAUCUCAUCUUAAUUUGUCACAUUUUGUGUUUGUAUUACGGUAACACGAUUUUGAUUUAAUCUUUGCAUUAAGGUAUUGAGAAUUUGGGUGUUACGAUGUGUUUCUCUGUCAUGAAAAUAAUUUUACAAUGCUUUACAUUUUAAUAGUCCUAAAAUAGACAAUUUCAUACUUUUUCUCUUGAAAUUUGGAUUGAAAAUUGACCCGGACAUCUUGACAGUUUUCUUGAUAUUCCUCCACAUUUACUCAAAGGAAAGCCAUGUUUAUGAAUUGGCAGAACCGUUGCUCGCGCUUCAUGUGUGCACCGUUUUUAUGUCGUGUUUAGUAUUAGUCUUGUGUCAAAGCUUGUGUAUUUGACAUCUGCUCCUGUUGGCAGCCCAUUUAGACCCAAUCAAACAUGAUGCAUGCUGUAUAUGCACUGUGACACCAACUACCCUACUGAUCCAAAGAUGUUAUUCACAACCCAUUUUAAUCACUUGAACAUGGCCAUAUUUUGGUUGGUGUCGCCUUAGGGCUGCACUGGUGGCCGCUGGUUGUUUAUGACUCAUGAUGGGCAAAUCUGUAAUCAACCACAAUGGUUUUCUGGUUACUGUGUCCAUGACUUUAGCUUUGUGAGGUGUAAAUUUAUUCAGGCAAACAGCUUCUCAAAUGAAGACUUAAUAAUUACUGAUAAUGAUCAUAAGAAUGUCAUCUUGCGGGACUCAAGAUGAUGUGUAAAACCUCACAUGUAAUUUGAUGUGUUGAAUGGAAAGAAGCAAAGAAAAUCCUCAAAUAAAGUUUAUUAA